AUGGGAAUCAUAGUUCCAAUUUUGACACUUAUUUUCCUCUUACUCACCAGAGUGAGCCAUGCUGAGUCCAAACCGAGGGUGAUUCUGGUCGGUGGAUCUGCCGGUUCGUGGAAGGUUCCAGAUCAUGACAAGAACACUCUUAAUCACUGGGCUGAGAAGAAUCGUUUCAAAGUCGGCGACAUCCUUGAGUGGAAGUACGACGGGAAAAGUGAUUCGGUGUUACAAGUGACAGAAGAAGACUAUAACGGUUGCAAGACAACAAAGCCCUUAAAGAAAUUCAAUGAUGGAGACACAAAGAUCAAGCUAAAGGACUCAGGAGCUCACUUCUUCAUUAGUGGUGCUUCUGAUCACUGCGUUAGAGGCGAAAAGAUUACUCUUCGUGUUAUGCCUGAAGGCAAAACUCAUGGUGGUAUCCGUGGCAGUCCUAAGGUUUCUCCGUCAGCUCCAGCCCCAGCCCCUAGUGCUGCGGUUGGAUUGAAGGUUGGAAGCGGGUUGUUCUUGACCGCCGUUGCGAUUGGUUUGGCUAUGGUUUAA